UACCAACACUAAAAUGAAUCCUUUCCCUGUAGGCCCAAAUGGUUCAAACCGGGUUCAGUGCAGCUGCUAUUUUUAUUUUAUUUUUCUAAAAAAAUCAAAUUUAAACAACGAACAGCAGAACCCUGCCUAUACUACACUGGUUUGCAGUGCGUAAACCAACUCCCGUUCUCGCCGGCGCCGCACACAGCGUCACAGCCACAGCCACAUCUCGCCUUCAGUCAGAGCAACUGGAGUUGGUUCUGUAUGUUUUCAAUUGAGCUUUGUUAUUUAUGCGAACUCUCUGGAACUCUCUGGCACCUCUCACUGAAUCACCCGCUAACUACUGCCAACGCAAACUUUUAAAUGGCUCAGAUUCUGUGAAAUCUCACCAUAUUAACUUUUUGAAUAGAAGAUAUCAAUUUUUUUUUUCUGAAGCCAAGAACGUAAAGCAAAACAAAACAACUCAAAACAACUCCAGCUGCAUAUGUCUCAUCUUUGUCUCUCCUUUUUGUCUCUGCAUAGAUUGACUUGAGGAUGGAAUACGUCAGCCCAGAAGGACUUCGCCUGGAUGGUCGCCGACCCAUGGAGAUGCGACAGAUUCGUGCAGAGAUUGGUGCUGUAUCCAAAGCAGAUGGUUCUGCCAUAUUUGAGAUGGGUAAUACCAAAGUUAUUGCUGCUGUUUAUGGCCCUAGAGAGGUGCAAAAUAGGAGCCAAAUAAGCAACCAUGCUCUGGUUCGGUGUGAGUACAGCAUGGCUAAUUUUAGCACUGGAGAUCGCAUGAGGAAAGCAAAGGGUGACAGGAGAUCAACAGAAAUUUCUCUGGUUAUUCGGCAAACCAUGGAAGCAUCUAUAUUGACACAUCUAUUGCCUCGAUCUCAGAUAGAUAUAUAUGUUCAAGUUCUCCAAGCAGAUGGAGGAACUAGAUCUGCUUGUAUAAAUGCUGCAACUUUGGCCCUUGCCGAUGCUGGGAUCCCUAUGCGUGAUCUUGUAACUUCCUGUAGUGCCGGAUACCUUAACAGCACAAGUCUGCUUGAUUUGAACUAUGUAGAAGACAGUGCUGGAGGUCCCGAUGUAACCCUAGGAAUUCUGCCAAAGUUGGAUAAAGUGACACUGCUUCAGAUGGAUUCUAAACUACCAAUUGACAUUUUGGAAAAUGUUAUGCAACUGGCAAUUGAAGGCUGCAAAGCAAUAGCAAACUACAUUCGAGAAAUUUUGCUGGAGAACACAAAGCAACUAGAGUAUCGACGAGGUGUAUAGUUUUUAUAGCAGAAAUGAUGUUUCCUCUGUGCUUCCAUUAUUUGUUGGUUUAUGCUAGCGCAUGAUGCUAUGAUUAUUAUUGCCUGUGGUCAUGGUUUUCCAGAUUUGUAGGUCCGUUCUUUCAGCAUUUGUGUUUUUUUUCGUUAUGGAUGAGAAUUCUCUUGUAUUUACGUGAAACAAUUUUGUUUUUAGCAUACAGUGCUGAAUAAAACGGAAAUUUGUGGUAGAA